CAAAAAACAGUCUAGAAAACCACAGGAAGUAGCUUUUCAGCCCAUGGUAUAUUUCUAUUCUUUGUGCGUUCAUUUGCCUAUUAACCUUGAUAUCUCCAUCUUCCUAUAUAUAACAACCUCCUUCACUUCUCUUACUCCACCAAAUCUACAAAACUAGUAAUCCAUUUUAUCUGUCAUCUAAAAAGCCACAAAAUCACUUUGAAGAAUUAUUAACACAGAAGAAGAUGAGUUCAACAAGUAGAGCAUGGGCAGCAGCAGCCAGUGUUGCAGUGGUGGAAGCUUUGAAGGAUCAAGGUAUAUGCAGAUGGAAUCAUACACUAAAAUCACUUCAAAACCAUGUUAAAAACAAUGUCAGAUCGUAUUCUCAAGCAAAGAAACUCUCAUCCUCCACUUCUUCUUCUGCUAUGGUUUCUAAUUCUAAAAGACAAAAAAAGCAGACAGACCAAUCAGAAGAAUCUUUGAGGACGGUCAUGUACUUGAGUUGUUGGGGUCCCAAUUGAUUAGAGGAGACUGUAUGGAGCAAGUUUUCAACUUAAUUAUUUGAUACUUCUUCUCUGGGAUCUGCUAACAACAAUGAGAGGUAGCUCUAAGUUAGAUUAAGGUGUAAUUACUACCCAUUAUAUGCUUGGAGAUGUGUUAGUUGCUGGAUCUUUCUCUUCUAUAAAAGUUUGGCCUCGAUCUCUUCAUGUAUAUUCUUAAAAUUGAAAGAGAUUGAUGUAAAUCAUGAUGAAUUUAUCAACAUAGCAGCAACAUUUGACUUCCAGUUA